GGCGUUGCACGUCGGCCCGAGGAGCCGGAAGUGGCUGCCCAGAAGGGCGGAAGUGCGGGGAGUGUUAUGGCGGCGGCACCGCGGGGGUGCGGGAGCUGAACGGGGAGGUCUGGGCUGCGGCCCUGAGAGGGUUCGGAGGCUCUAGAGGCCUCUAGCGGCGCCGUGGUGGGAUAGGGCAGAGCAGCCUCGAGCUCUCCGGGGGCUCUGACGCAUCUCUGGCCGCCCGUGCGCAGCGGGAAUUUCGCCGGGCUGCUUGCUGUAUGCUUCUGCGACAUGUUCUGAGUUCCCGGAAAGGACACAGUUAAGCACUCCUUUCUUUUGCUCGUAAUGGAUGAAGAGAGCCUGGAAGCAGCGAUCCAGGCCUACAACGCCCAGCUGCAGCAGGUGGAGCUGGCGCUGGGGGUGGGCCAGGACCCCUCGCAGCAGUCGGACCUGAUUCAAUUGCAAGAAGACUUAAAGCAGCUGAUAGAACUGACUGAGUCCAGCCUGGUGGCUGUCAAAAAGAGCAAGCUUCUGGCUAGCUUAGAUACAAAUGCCUCCGCCUCCUCCUCCUCCCCUCAAGUAGAUGCCCUGGAGCAACGUGUGAACCCUGACAGUUCUGCCCAGGAUGAGGAAUACGCUGCCUUCAAGGAAGCCAUUGCUGAGCUUGGAACCGACGAUGAGCCUUCAGCUGAUAACAGCGAGAGAUCUUCAAGGGGAAAUGAAGAAAGCAAGGAGAAAAGUGAACUGAAGUGCAGUGAAGAGGAGGAAGAGUCUGACAGGGAGGAAGAGGAGGAGGAGGAAUUGAGUGGGAUGAAGGUUAAAGCCCCAUACUACAGCUCUUGGGGGACGCUGGAGUACCAUAAUGCCAUGAUUGUGGGGACAGAAUACUUAGAAGAUGGCAGUGCGGGUGUCAGAGUGCUGUAUCUCUAUCCAACUCACAAGUCCUUGAAGCCGUGUCCGUUCUUCUUGGAUGACAAAUGCAGAUUUAAAGAGAACUGUCGGUUUUCACAUGGCCAGGUGGUCUCUGUGGAGGAGCUCCAGCCAUUUCAAGAGCCCAAUCUGAGCGCCCUGGAGGUGGGCUCAGCCUGCCUGGCAAAACACAGCGAUGGGAUAUGGUACGCUGCAAAAAUAACUGAUAUUGAUAGUGGUUACUACACUGUGAAGUUUGAUUCCCUGCUGCUAAAGGAAGCUGUUGUGGAAGGAGAUAGUAUCAUUCCCCCACUACGAAGUGAAGAUGGUGCCUCAUCUGCUGAAUCUGAUGAAGACAGUGUUGAUGAUUCUGGUUAUGCUAAAGGUGAGAGAGUGAGGGGUUUUCAUGCUCUUGAAGGUUUUGCAAAUCACCUUUGUGUCUGUGUGUCACUAAUUUGUCUUUUCUGUUCUAUAGUGAUAGAUUCUGGGGCUCCAGAGAAUGGAGAGUGGGCUCCUGCAUGCAGUUCCUCUUUUGGUGGCUGGGAAGCCCACACUCGUGGCAUUGGCUCCAAACUGCUUGUUCAGAUGGGAUAUGAGUUUGGGAAAGGGCUCGGGAAGAAUUCUGAGGGCAGAGUGGAGCCGGUGCAGGCCGUGGUACUUCCUCGAGGGAAGUCCCUUGACCAGUGUGCUGAGGUGCUUCAGAGGAAGAAACAGGGGAGGCUGGACCCUGGCAAUACAAAGAAAUCCCGAGCGAAGGGAAAUAAUGCCGGCCAGUCCCCUGCAGGCAGCCGCAAGCCGCCCCGCAAUGUGUUUGACUUUCUGAAUGAGAAACUGCGAGGGAAGAGCGCUGGGGAGAAGCCUGGAGGUAUGACACUGCCAGAGAGGAAGAGCAAAGAGAUCUACCAUGCUAGCAAGAGCACCAAGAAGGCCCUGAGCGUCCGCCUCUUCCAGACGAUGGAGAAGAUUGAACAGACGCAGAAGGAUAUCAAAGGAAUCCAGCAGGCCCUGGCGCGCAAUAUUGGGCGGCACAGCGUUGCUACAGCUCAGCUGGAGGAGAAGCUGGCUAACGCUCACAAGCAGCUGGGGCAGCUGCAGGCCCAGGAAGCCAGUCUGCAGCGGGAGCAGAAGAAAGCAGACACACAUAAGAAGAUGACUGAAUUCUAGUCUCUGAGGAAGGUGUUUGACUGCAGUGGUUAUCCUUCUAGCCAGCCCGUGUGGUCAUGGCCUCAAAGCCUGGCUGAGCCAUCCUGCUCCUCUGGGUCGCAGGCUACAUUCCCAGCCCGAAAACUGGGCUGAAAAGCAGCAGUUCCUGAAACUACACGCUUCUGAGCUCUGCUGGGAAGAGGAGGAGCCCACGUCCGUCCAGCCUUGAACUUUGUAUAAGGACUAGCUACCAGAAAUACAAUUCUCUGCUAUCUUGCACACUUUUUUCCUCUCAUCACUGCAGUAGCCAGAGUGUGUAGCUGCUCAGAUGAUAACAUUGCUGGCUAAGAACCAGACGAGGAGGGCCUUUGAAAGCCCCACAUCCUGCCAUCGGUUGUGGCUUCUGUUUGCAGCCAACUGAUGAACACAAGUGGAGGCAGGGUCCCAGGCACAUUCUGGCAGAGCAGAAAAGGCAUAUGCUAGUUGAAAACAACAAAGGCAAAUUGCUUCAGCUGCUCUUUACCUUCUGUUCUUUGCUAUGGGGUUUAUCUGAGAACUCUUCAAUAAAGAGCAGUUUCUUAUAAA